CCGCCUCCAGCAUCCGCGUCCGUCCUCUCUCGUAUAUCUCCGGGCCUGCUAUGGGCACCCCCGGCUACCCUCCCGUCCCUGCCCAUCUUCCCUCCUUCAGAAUCAGGACCCCUUCGUCAGCCGCCCAGGGCCCUUCUUCUCAUUUGCAACCCGGAAUGCGUGACUCUGCUUGACACCACCGCCUUUUUAUCCUCCAUAUUGCUGCCCUUCUGCCCAUCUUCUCGCCUAUUCGUCGUGUCUUGUUUAUUUGUCUCGUCUCUCUGCUCCUGCCCUGUCGUUGCUGCAGUUGCACCUCCGCUCCUACCGAUCCCAUCGACUCUUGCCCUCUGCCUUCCUCGACUUCAUUCCUCUCUUUCACUCUCCCUCACCAAUCCUCCUCGCUCUUCUGCAAACGACACCGCUCGAGAACAAACGAUUCUUUUCUCUCCAAGGCUCAACCCAACGCCAAACGUUCCAAUCGAUCCAGCUGUCGAUGCAGUUCCACACAAGUACGGCCUGCAACUGAUUUGUCCGACCGGUCUUCACGCCGAGCUCUAGUUGUCCCCCCUCGAGACAACAACCGCCCUCGGAAACUCGUGCAACCUUCACGACGAGAGAGGAACCGAUUUCCUCCGCAGUCUGCAGGCUCAGUUCCCCGCAGCUAAUGUCGCCCUCGCCAGCCUGGCACAUCGGACUCUCCGACAUACAACAUGGAGCCCGUUCCCGAGACUGAGAGAAUGGAGGAGUUCCGAUCCUCACCACUUCCCUCGCUCCGUAUACAGAACCCGACAUUACUCCCUCCUGUCGUUGCCGAGCCUGAACCUUUGCGAAAGCCUCCGACUCUCCGCCGCCAGACUGAUCCCAGUCCUACUUCUCCGACUGCGCCGUCUUGGACCUUUACCCCUCUGCCCUACCGACCACGUACUACCUCGCCCUUGUCCGGUCACCAUACGAGAUCUAGGUCAGCAGCGAGUUUGGCCCCUCCAAUGUCUCGCACCCAGUCUAUGCCUGGCGUCAAUGGCGCCGGUCACAUCCUGUUCUCCCCUCAACUCCGCCCUGCCAGCCCCUCGGGAUCGCCCGCCCGCGUGCGAACACCACGGAAGCCCGUCGACGAGGCAUUCCCGACUUCACCUAUCCGCGCCUCCGCCUUAGAUCCCGAUCGACAGACUGCAGAGCGAUUCAGUUCUGCAAACCUCAUUGGAACGACGCCCUCUAUGGUCCUGCCCCGACAUCGCCGUCCUUCCUCACCACUGCGGAACCCUGGUAUUGCCAGCACUCCCUCGUUCGCGAUGCCUACCACGCCUACAUAUACAUCGGCGUCGUCUUCGCCAUCUCCACGAGGAUACGACUCCCUCUCACACGGCUGCGGAGUCUCUCCUUCGUUUCCUUCCUCGUCAGUUCCGUCGACCCCGACAUCUACAAGAUCGAGAAGUCCGAGCAUUUCUAGUCUGGAAACUAUACCAGACUCGCCUGACGCGGAGGAGGCAGCUAUGGAGGCAGAGAGGAUUGCCCAAUUGAAGGCUGCCGCAGACGCCGCAGAAAAUGGCGAUGCUGGCGAGGUGAAGGGCAAGAGCGGUCUAGACGCGCCCUUGCGUGGCAGAACGUUGGGGGGCUUUGGAUCGAGAGACAAGCGAAAGCGCUGGAGUGUGUGUGGCGCUGAACGACGACAAGAUCUCGACUUGGAGACGAUUUGGGAAGACUGAGAAUUUGGAGACCUCAGGACAGAACGUACAUCGCAAGUACGGACGACAGUGAGGCAGACAUGGACUGAGAAAUGCCUCAAAGGCUGGAACAAAGCGAAUCGUUUUGAGGUCUGCAAUGGCGUACAUUUCCCGACACUCAUUUGUGCCGAGUGUCUGGAUUUCUUUGCACUGCAUUUAGCAUCGACAAGGUUAUGGGCAUGGCGGCGUUCAGUGAACUCCUUCUGAUACCCUACACUGCAUUUCAACUCCCAAAGGGCAUGACGGAAAGAUUGUAAUCAUACUUGGUUUCUGUACUUUACUACAGAUGGGGGGCUCUACUCCCUUCCGACGGGACUCGACCCUCUACUUCGAGAAAUGGCGUAGGAGGUCUGCUUGUUAAUGAAAUAUACCACAUUCAUGAACUUUACUCUCCCUUUCUGAGGCGUCUUGCCGACAAGCCGUUGUGUUCUGAAGUUUUGGCUCAUUGCGACGAUGUCUUAGCCGUGGUCGCUUGAAAGGGUUGAAAACAGC